AAACCACUGGCGCCGAAGUGCAUCUACGCCUGUGAGAGUUUCUUGGUGUUGGAGGACCUGUCUCCAGCAGGAUUCAGGAUGCUGGACCGGUUACAAGGACUGGACUUGGACCAUUGUCUGCUGGUCAUGCGCUCUCUGGCCAAGUUCCACGCAGCCUCCGUUGUUCUGCACGAAGAAGACCCGGACUCCAUGAAGGAGUACGGAGUCAACUUCUUCACUGAGCCCUGCAUUUAUGAUAAAAAUAAACGAUUUUUCAGGGCGAUGAUUAAGACUCUGGUGGAGGAAAUGGAAACUUGGCCGGAAGAAUGGGCUCCGUACGCCGACAAACUGAGACAUGAGCAAGAUGCACUUCUUCACCGACUGAAGGAGACAGUUCGGCCGAACGAAACAGGAAUCAACGUGCUGGCACACGGAGACAUGUGGAUCAACAACAUUCUGUUCAACGAACAGCGGGGAGCCGUGAGGUUCAUCGACUUCCAGUUCGUCACGUAUAUGUCACCUGCCAUUGACCUUCAUUUGUUUCUUUCCACUAGCGCCACACUCGACGUGCAAGUGAACCACACGGUCACGCUCCUACAGGAGUACCACAAAACACUGUGUGACUCGCUUGCUGCCCUCGGCUACACGGAGACACUAAUAACUCUGGAUGAAUUGUACGAAGAAUUCGACAGGAAAUCCAUCUACGGAUUAUUUGCAAUUACCGUGGCUUCAUCAUUCAUGAUGUCUGAUCCAGACUGUGGUUUCAACUUAGAGGACACCAUCGAAAGGGGCUUGACGCCGGGACCCAGCAUGUUCAGUGACCGCUACAAGAAGACCGUCAAAUGGAUGCUGCCUGUGCUCUGUCGGCAGGGGGCGUUUGGCGACGAACAACAACGUCGCCGGCUCAACGGUACCAGUUCUUUCCUGAAAGGGUAUUAAUUAUUGUCCGCGUCAGUUGGCGUCUGCGCUCGGCGGUGGAUAUAUUGGUUCGGUUCCUUACGAGUUGGUUUGUGUAACGAUGGGGCAUUACAGGUAUUCACCGGCGUAAAACGUAUACCGCGGUCUUGUUACUCUUUUAAUAUGAUGACAACCAAAGAGUAUUUUAAAUGAACACCAUAUUCUCUCUGCCUGAUCUCCUUUUCAUUUCUUUACUUGAAUCGAGAAAUUUCUGGUAGAACGUAUGUGAAGAAUUCUCCGGUCUGGCUGGUAAUGUGCCCCCCAGACACUAUAAUUUGAGUAAAAUAAAAUCAUUUUUUCAAUUCUAUAGCUUCUGCAUAUUAUUAUUAAUAAAUUAAUUUAAUUGUAUUGUCGUGCCUCAGAAUUGUUGAGGGAUGUAAUAAUAUUACAUUUCCGCAUGGACUGAUGCCUCAUUUUCAUCUGCCAAAUCAAGCAAGAAAUUUUAAUUCAUAAUUGUACAAUCUAUUGACUUGUCUAUGUGUGUAAUUUCCAGUGUUAAACACGCAUAUUCCGACUGUACGCAA